AUGGUUGCUCCACGCUUCAACAAAUUCUUCUCCAUCGCUGUGCUAGUUGCAUUCUUGAUCUCCUCGGUUGAACCGAAAGGAGAAGUUGAAUGCCCUCCCAAAUCCCAAACCAAACAAUACGCUGAAGAAAAAACCGAAAAAUAUAUCGUUGUCUUUAAAAAUGAAGCUUCUGCUAAAACUGAAGAGUCGAUUAUGGAAAGGCAUUAUAAGAUCAUGAAGGAGUGUUACAACAAACGUGUAGAACACGUACUCGAAAGUAAAUCAUCAUCGAAUAGUAAAGAUAAAGACGUUCUUAGAGAUUUCUCUAUCGGCACCAUCCAAGGAUAUUCCGCAAAUUUUGGCUCUUCUUUCGUGAAAGAACAACUUAAACAAAUGAAAGGUCUCGCUAUCAUUGAAAAGGACGCUAAAGUCAGAAUUAACUAUGCUGUCCCCCAACUUUAUAAACGUGCAGUAGUAAAAAACCCAACACCAAAUAUUGAUCGUAUCGAUCAAGCAAAAUUUCCCUUGGAUAAAUCAUUUACAUUCCCGGAUACCGCUGGAGAAGAUGUUGACAUUUACAUCAUUGACACUGGUAUUACAACCUCGCAUAAUGAAUUCGGAGGCCGUGCCAAGAGCGGAGGUGCUUUCUGUGAUGGUUGUAAUGAAGAUGAUGAAAAUGGUCAUGGUACCCACGUCGCUUCCAUUGCUGCAGGAAAAACUUUAGGAGUGGCCAGAAAAGCCAAUCUCAUUGCUAUUAGAGUUUUGGACGCUGACGGUAGUGGUUCAAAUGCCGGUGUUAUUGAUGGUAUGACCGCUGUAAUUGAUCAACACAAUAAGAGUCAAAACAAGAAAUCAGUUGUCAACAUGUCUCUCGGUGGUGGCUUCUCGGACGCUGUGAACACUGCUGUUAAGGCUCUUACCGAUGCUGGUGUUCAUGUUGUUGUCGCCGCCGGUAACGAAAAUGCAGAAUCUUGCACUAAAUCACCUGCAUCUGCUAAAACCGCUAUCACCGUUGGCGCUACCGAAGCUAAAUCCGAUGCCAUAGCAAAUUUCUCAAACUUUGGAAAGUGCAAUGAUAUUUUCGCUCCAGGUGUUGACAUUACUGGUGCUGACUUUAAAAAUGAUAAUGGUAAAAUAGUUUUCUCUGGUACCUCCCAAGCUUCUCCACAUGUUGCCGGUACAGUAGCCCUUGUAAUUGCUAAAGAUGGUAAUAAAUCACCAGCUGCAAUGGCAAAAGCGAUUGUCGCUUUAUCAACCAAGGGUGUUGUUAAAGGUCUCAAGCAGGGAUCUCCAGAUGCGUUCUUGCGUGUUCCAGCUGCAUAA